CCCCAGCGGUUGGAGGAGGCUUCCGCAGGACUCUGCAGACUCACAAGCGGAGGGAGCAUCCUGUGUUGUGUCCCGUCCUGCAGUCUGGUGGCGGGAAAGGUGUGGACCUAAUUCCAGCCCCGCCUGGAGAGUCUGGGCUCCAGGGAUGAGUCUGCCAGUAGGCUGAGCCCAGGAACCUGCUGCAGUACCGUGGGGACAUGGCCUCUUGGAUCUGGAGAAGGCUUCGUGGCAAGAAGCGGUCAGUGAUGGCAUUCUGCCUCUUGAUGAUCCUGUCUGCAGUGGCUGUCACUCAUUUCCCUCACGAACAUCCAGCUUCCACCCUAGGACUUAGUCCCAUGGAGCCUCAGGGGGAAGUUGGUAUGUCUGACCCCAGGAUUCAGCAGACUUUGAACUCUAGCCUGAGGCAGCCAGCAAGGAACCUGGGCCGCUGGACAGGACAGGCUUUGCUCAGAAAUUCCAUCUUGGUCUGUGCCAAGAAGCAAAGCCACAGAAGGCAAGUGGACAGAAGCAGGCACCCACUGAGUGUCAGGAGAGAUGUGACUGUGGCAGGAGAUCCGAUACUCAGUGCCCAGGAUCGUGAGCUUCUAAUCGAGGAGGAGGUCAGAGAUGCAGGAGGCCCAGCUCUGGACCAGCCUGGGCAUAAUGGUUUAGUCCAAGAGAUACAGAGCAAGGCAGUCACCAUGGUUGUCCCACUCACAGAGAGAAGCCACGCAUCUUUCCAGGCACAGAGAGAUUCUGCUGCAGCGAGCUUUAGGCUACGGCCAGCAGAUGGUAGAGAUCCCUUGCCAGGAGCCAAGAACGGAGUCUUGGCUGUUGGGAAGGCUGGGAGUGCCACCUCAGGAUCAGAGGCUCCAAGGUGGCCUAGCUCUGCUGAGGACUUGCAGAAGUCCCCAUGGUGUGGUACUGAGACCCUUGGGGUGGCCAGCACUGCAGCAUGGGGUCAGGUUCCACCAUGGUUCACGGAACAUGAUGUAAAGACUCUCCGGCUACUGGUCCAUGGGGAAGUGGUGGGAAAAGCCAGGGUUCCUGCCCAUGGGCAGGUGCUGCAGGUUGGACUAUCUGCUGGGAAUGGCCUCCAGGACAUAUCUCCUCUCAGGCUCAGCCAUCUCUGCUCCCAGGGUCUCUGUGGCCUGAUUAAGAGGCCCAGGGACCUGCAUGAAGUCCUAUCCUUCCACCUGGACCGUGUGCUGGGACUCCAACGGAGCCUACCUGCUGUAGCCCGGAGCUUCCACAGUCCCCUUCUGCCCUACCGUUACACAGAUGGCAGUGUAAGGCCCAUCAUCUGGUGGGCACCAGAUGUGCAGCACCUAAGAGACCCAGAUGAGGACCAGAACUCUCUGGCCCUGGGCUGGCUGCAGUACCAGGCCUUGCUGGCCCGAGGCUGCAACUGGCCAGGCCAGAUCCCAUGCCUGGGCAUCCACCAUGCUGAGUGGGCACGUUUGGCUCUCUUUGACUUUCUGCUUCAGGUCCAUGACCGCCUGGAUCGCUACUGCUGUGGUUUCGAGCCUGAGCCCUCAGACCCCUGUGUGGAAGAGGGUCUCCGGGAAAAAUGUCAGAACCCAGAGGAGCUACGGUUGGUCCACAUCCUGGUCCGGAGCAGUGAUCCAUCUCGCUUGGUGUAUAUAGACAAUGCCGGCAACCUUCAGCAUCCAGAGGACAAGCUCAACUUUCGGCUGCUGGAAGGCAUAGAUGGGUUUCCCGAGUCCGCGGUGAAGGUUCUUGCCUCAGGGUGUCUUCAGAACCUGCUGCUCAAGUCGCUGCAGAUGGACCAGGUGUUCUGGGAGAGCCAAGGUGGAGCUGCGGGUCUGAAGCGUGUCCUUGAGACACUGGAGAGGCGAGGACAGGUCCUGCUGAGACACAUUAAGAAGCACAACCUCACGCUGUUCGGGGACAAGGACCUGUGAGCCCAUGGCUGCCUGAGCCGAGUACACCUUGCUGGAGAACUUCACACAAUGUAAACCUCAGCUGGUGAGCAUCCCUCUCAAUGACAGCAUUUCUGUGACAGUAGUUGGUUAUCCUGAUGACAAAUAGGGAAAGCCAAAGCUGGAGAAGCCUACACCACCAUGGGACAGGUCACCUGCUGGGGAUGAUGGAGGACGUGCAGUCUCCAUGCUCUGACAGUUUACUCUCACACACCAAUAAAUAUGUUCAAGAACGUUCAUGAACUGUUCCCUGCACAUGUACAUGCAGUGCUGUGUGCAUGUGUGCAGAGAUAUGUAGGUAUGUGCCUGAAUGACAUCAGGCAUCCUAGGCAGGUACUCUACCAACUGAACUAUAUACCAGCCAGAGAAGUCUAGUUUUUAAGAUUCAUUAAUUUCAAAAUGUGCAUGGGUGUUUUCCCUGACAUACAUACAUACGUACGUACGUACAUACGCAUGUGCACCAUGUGUGUACCUAGUGCCUACAGAAGCCAGAGGAGGGUGUCAAACCCCAGGAACUUGAGUUACAGACAAUUAUGAGCUGCCAUGUGGGUGCUAAGAAUUGAACCUGGAUCCUCUGGAAGAGCAGGCAGUGCUCUUAACCACUGAGCCAUUUCUCCAGGCACUUAUUUUAUUUUUAUUUAUGUUUAUGUCUGUGAGUUUAUACCACAUGUGUGAAGGUGACUAUGGAAGCCAGGAGAGGACAUCAGAUUCCUUGGAGCUGGAGUUACUGGAGUGGUUGUGUGCCACCUCAUACAGAACUGAACUGAGAACUGAACUCUUUGUAGACCCUUCCAAGAGCAACAGAUGCCCUAAACCAUUGAGCCAUCCCUCCAGCAGGGAGAAGCCUAUUAUAAAACCCGAGUCCCCUUUAUUACACAGACGUUAUCUUCACUUUCAUGCUGGCCAUUGUGUGUGUUUUAGGCCAACUGUUCUGUGUUUGUCCCUUCCUUGGUUGUGCACAAGAGAGCUCUGAAUCUGAACUGCACUCAGCCCUGGCUGUUAGACUGCCCAUGGUCCCCUCUGUCUGCCACUUGCCUUGACCUGUUUGUCUUUUGUGAAAUAGGAAGCUGUAAUUCUGUGCAGUCCAAUUUGUUCAUGUUAGCCUGCGAGCCUCUCAGAAAGGCUCUGCUCCGUUGAUCACUGAAAUGCCAUUUGUUUACUUCUUUUACUUGACUGCUCAUUUGUAUGAAUCACAUCUGAGAGAGGUCUGUGUUGAGAGAUCACUUAAGUUCCAUUGCCCCCGAUUCCAUUCAAGAGUCUCUUCUGUUCCUGUCUGAAAGUAUACUUUUAUCAGAUGAAAACCAAGCACACAGAGGCCCUUUUGUGAACUGUGCUGGGCUGCACUCACAGGGUUUCUUACAAGCCUGCUUCAAAACUGGGCACUGUUCUAAUCCAAAUUACUGUAUUCUGCUUGGUGGUGUAAGAUUCCACUUAAGCAUCUCUUUUGUGUGUAUAUGAGUGUUUUGUCUGCAUGUACAUUUGUGCACCAUACACGCACAGAGCCCACAGAAGACAGGAGAGGUCAGCAGGGAGUGGUGGCACACACCUUUAAUCCCAGCA